AAACAAAGCAUGGCACGAAAGAUCGGCCCCAGGGGCCAGAAGCGGAAGUGGGCGAGGCCGCCCCGGAAAUAAUAUGCGGAGCAGCUGGUGAGAGGGAGCCAAGGCGACGAAGAUAUGAUAAAAGCACGAGAAACGUCUUAAAAACAAAUAAACUUUCAAAACAAGCAAUUGCAGCUCAGACACAGACAUCUGGGAUAAGGCAUCUGGUUAAAAGACUUGUUGAAAGAGGAAGAUCUUCAACAGGUGCAGAAGCAACAACAGAUUAUUCCUGUGAAAUGAAGUAACCAGGAGAGAGCCUGGCAGGGACAGAAUGACACAAUGGAUGCUGGGGUUCCCCCCUCUCUCCCCGACAGCAUCCUCUUUGGAAUCUUCCUGUACUUGGACUACACAGAUGUGCUUUCUGCAGGCCUGGCGUGCCGGCAGUGGCAUGCAGUGGCACAGGACGAGGUCCUGUGGAAGGAACUUUUCUACAAGUACUACAGGGUAGCUCGGGAUAUCCCGCGACACCCAGCUGCCAUUUCCUGGUACGGUGAGUUCCAGCGGCUGUACGACACCAUCCCUUGCAUUGAAGUGCAGACCUUGGAGGAGCACAGCGACCAGGUCCUCCACCUCAGCUUCUCCCACAAUGGCUACCUGCUUGCCUCCUGCUCCAAGGACUGUACCGUUAAGAUCUGGAACAACAGCCUCCCAAUUGCCCUGCUGCACAGCGCCAGCAUGAAGAAGUACAACUGGAAGUACACACAAUUCUCGCAGUUCAACGCGGACAAUUCGCUCCUCCUUGUCUCCGGGGUUUUCGUGGGGCCCCGGACCACUUCGUCAGGAGAGAUCGCAGUCAUCAGCCUGGAAGACUUCACCCUCCUGUCCCGGGUGCGCAACAAGCCCUACGAUGUGUUUGGCUGCUGGCUGAAUGAGACCCACCUGAUCUCCGGGAACUUGCACCGCAUUGGCAACUUCACCUCCUGCUCCGUGCUGUGGCUGAGCAACGCCUUCCAGGGGGUCGAGUCUGAGAACAUGAAUGUCAUGAAGAGGCUCUUCAAAAUCCAGAACCUGAACGCCAGCAGAAUCCGGAUGGUGACUGUGGCGGACUGCAGCCGCUACGAUUCUCCCAGCCUCCUCCUGAACCGAGGAGAAUGUUUGGAGGGCGGGACCAGCGGCCCCUGCGAGGUCAUUGAGGAGGAGGAAGAGGAGCAGAAAGAGGAAGAGCAGGCCAAGCAGAAAGCAGCGGCAGCCCCGGAGAGUUCCCUGGGAGCAGCGAGUGAGGGAGGGGCUGCUGCGGAUGGGCUGGGGCGUUUCCUGACUGACAUCCUCGAGGGACGAGUCCGGCCAGUCAUGACAGAGUUGCAGAUGGAGACAAAGGUGGCCCAGCUGCUGGCGCAGAACAGGAUGAAGCCUCCCGAGCCCAACCUGCUGUCCACGGAGGGGGGCAACAAGAAAUACUUGAUCUUCACCACCGGGUGCCUGGCCUUUUCGCCACACCAGAUUGGGAUUAAGCAGAUCCUGCCUCACCAGAUGACAACGGCAGGGCCCGUCCUGGGAGAAGAGAGGCAUUCGGAGAAGUUCUUCGAUUCGUUGGACCACGUCAUCGAUUUCCACGGGCAUAUUAUUGGCAUGGGCCUCUCCCCCGACCACAGGUACUUGUAUGUGAACAGCCGGGCCUGGCCCCAGGACUGCGUCAUCUCCAACCCUUUGCAGCCGCCCCCCAUCGCCGAGGAGAUUGACCUGCGUGUGCUGGACCUCAAGACAAUGCAGGAGGCAAGGCGAGCCCUGCGAGGCCACCGGGCCUAUACACCCAACAACAACUUCUUCUUCGUUUUCCUGGAUGUCAGCAGAGACUUUGUGGCCAGCGGAGCUGAGGAUCGUCACGGGUACAUCUGGGACCGGCACUACAACAUCUGCUUGGCGAAACUGCAGCAUAACGAUGUGGUCAACUCAGUGGUCUUCAGCCCUGUGGAGCAGGAACUCUUAGUGACAGCCAGCGACGACAGCACCAUCAAAGUGUGGCGCUCUCCCCGCGCCUUGAGGCUCCUUCAGAUUGAGAAGGUCAGGCCUCGUAAGCCUCCAUUCUCUUGGGCCCCAGACCAGAGAAAGUGAGCCAGGCAGGUCUUGCACCUUGGCUGGUUCACCUCGACCUCCAAGGUCAUUUCAGAUUGCAGUGCUAGUGAGCGGCUGUAGCCUUUUUUGUGGUUUUGCUCGCCCCCACCUACUCACUGCCACGUAGCCAGACCCAGCCGCGAUUGGUGAGAACUGUACCACGUUCAGGGGUUGGCUCACUGGCCACGCAACAGGGACUCCUCCAUCUUCCUUCUAACAGGAUUCGCUGCAUAGGAGACUUCUUUGUUAGGGCAAGUAGGGCAGAGCCCUAGGAGAAUUGCAAGGGGGGAAAUAUUACAAGUUUUACCAAAAAUCAUAAAGCCACAUACUCUCCUGUCACACACACACCAAUAUCCUUCUAUUUCCACCGGCAGAGACUCUUGCAGAUGCCUACUGCUACGGCCAGGUUCCUCCCACUUUUUUUUUUUUAUUAGAAUUUUCCCUGGAAGUCUAGACCCUAUGAUGUGGCAGGUUUGUGUUUUAGCCAGUCAGGAUGCAUGAACUAGCAUACUGGAAUGCCAUACACUCAACAGAGAAUAGGGCAGGAGCUAUGGUCACCCAGUUGGCCAAUCAAAAACAUGCAUUUGGCUGUUGCUGUGCUUGCACGUAUUGAUGGUUCCCUCUGGUUGCAGUAGCACAUUUUGAGCUCCAGGUUAGAGGAGAUCUUGCUUUUGUUCUUAGCACCCCCUCCAUGUAGUCUACCGCCUCCGCUUUGGCCUUCUCACUAAGACGGGGAGAGAGAGUUGUUAUUAUGGUGCGUGUGUUUGAGGGAAAGGGAGCGCGCUUGCUGCUGGCCUUGUUAUUGGAGCCCUUGGCCCCAGAGUAAUCAGUGAGUCUCUUUAAAUAUUUCCUUUGUAAUUUAUUUAUUGGGUUGUUUUCUGGCUUUCUACCGUUUGUAUCCUUCUAAGCACAGUGCCAAUAUGGGGAGGAAAUUUGUUGCUUAGAUUUUUUCCUGCUUGCUAGUAAAAUACAUCUCAAAAUGCA